CCUCUCCCUCUUUCCUGGAUUAUUUAUGUUGGUGUAUUCUGCCCCCUGCCUUCUGGCAGCUGCUCCUCUGGAUAACCAACAUCUAGUCCGAACUGGAGUCCUGCUCAGAUGCUAUUUGGGACGCCAGAAGGGUGGGAAAAGCCUGCAUUUCCACAAACAAACAACCAGGAGGGAUUUUCCAUCUGAAGCUGACAUUGGUCUGUGAGUUCCACGCUCCACCCUAGCCUGGACCGCACUUUGUGCUGGCACACUGCCUCUUCCCACAGCAUUUUGGAGACGAAAGAGACCGAAGAAACCUAGUGAUUCCUGCACGGGAGCUUUUCUUUCUGAUCCAGUUUGUGUGAAUCCAGUGGCAAAGUAAAUCCUGUGCUUUUUGUGCACCUGAAUCUCAGAGAAUAAGCAAGUUUAGCACCAGAGAUUGGUGACUUCUACAGGAGAGAUUAUUUUUCCCCUGGAAUCUACCAAACAAAGCUCUUGAACACCCUUCAAGAUCUGGAGCAACCCGCUCAAGUAUCUUUGACUUAGAAGAUCUGCAGACACCACCCAAAGGAUCUGUUGAUUCAUUUGAUCUGAGGUCCUGGAAGGAUUAGAGACUCACCAACUGACUGUAUACUGAGAUCUUUGGAUGCCAUUUUUGGGGCCUUCCCUGUUCCUGUUGAUCUUGAUAUAGUCCUCUAAAAGGCCAGCCCAUCAAAACAUUCAUCUCCAGCCAAGGUUCUUUCCCUCCUGGUUUUUGUUAUCACCCUUGAUUUCUCAAUUUAGAGUUUAUUUCCAAGGAGGUGGGCCUUGUGCCUCUCUCUCAGGUUGGCAACAUGUUCAGCUGGAUGAAGAAGAAUGAGAAGAAGACCCCAGAAGUGAUCCGCACAGUUACGGAGGGUCUGAAGGACCUCUACAAGAGGAAGCUGCUGCCUGUGGAGGAGUUUUACCGGUUCCAUGAUUUUCACUCACCGGCCUUGGAGGAUGCUGACUUUGACAACAAGCCCAUGGUGCUGGUGGUGGGCCAAUACUCUACUGGCAAGACCACCUUUAUCAAGUACCUGCUGGAACAGGACAUCCCUGGGAGCCGCAUUGGCCCAGAGCCUACCACUGACUCGUUCAUCGCUGUCAUGCAUGGCGAAACAGAGGGGAUCAUACCAGGCAAUGCCCUCAUUGUGGACCCCAAGAAGCCCUUCCGAAAACUGAACCCCUUUGGGAACACCUUUCUGAACCGGUUCAUGUGUGCCCACUUGCCCAACCAGGUUCUGGAAAGCAUCAGCCUCAUCGACACGCCGGGGAUCCUGUCAGGUGCUAAGCAGCGUGUGAGCAGAGGUUAUGACUUCCCGGCUGUGCUGCAGUGGUUCGCAGAGCGUGUGGACCUCAUCAUCCUCCUCUUUGACGCCCAUAAGCUGGAGAUCUCAGACGAGUUCUCGGAGGCCAUCCGGGCCCUCAAGGGCAACGAGGACAAGAUCCGGGUGGUCCUGAACAAGGCCGACAUGGUGGAGACGCAGCAACUGAUGCGGGUCUACGGCGCCCUCAUGUGGUCGCUGGGCAAAGUGUUCAACACCCCCGAGGUGCUGCGUGUCUACAUCGGGUCCUUCUGGUCGGAGCCACUGAUGAUCUCUGACAACCGACGGCUCUUUGAGCUCGAGGAGCAGGACUUGUUCACGGACAUCCAGAACCUGCCCCGGAAUUCUGCCCUGAGGAAGCUUAACGAUUUGGUCAAGAGAGCCCGUCUGGUCCGGGUGCAUGCCCACAUCAUCAGCCACCUCAAGAGGGAGAUGCCCUCCGUCUUUGGCAAGGACAACAAGAAGAAGCAGCUCAUCCAGAAGCUGCCCGUCAUCUUUGCCAAAAUCCAGCUCGAGCACCACAUCUCUCCCGGCGACUUCCCUGAUUGCGGCAAGAUGCAGGAAAUGCUGAUGGUGCACGACUUCACCAAAUUCCACGGGCUGAAGCCGCGCAUAAUGGAUGCGCUGGACGAGCUGCUGACGCUGGACAUCGCCAAGCUGAUGCCUCUUCUGCGCCAGGAGGAGGUGGAGGUCCCUGAGCAGAUCGUGCAGGGUGGGGCCUUCGACGGCAGCCGCAACGGCCCCUUCGUGGAAGGAGCCACGGAGGGGGCCUACGAGGGGGUGGAUGAGGACGACUGGGUGGUGACCAAGGACAAGCCCAAGUACGACGAGAUCUUCUACAACCUCUCCCCGACGGAUGGCAAGCUGAGCGGGACCAAGGCCAAGAACUGGAUGGUCACCACCAAGCUGCCCAACUCCGUCCUGGGCAAGAUCUGGAAGCUCAGCGACGUGGACCGCGACGGCAUGCUGGACGACGAGGAGUUCGCCCUCGCCAGCCACCUCAUCGAGGUCAAGCUGGAGGGCCACGGCCUGCCAUCCGACCUGCCCCGCCACCUGGUGCCCCCCUCCAAGCGCAGGCAGAAGGGCUCGGCUGAGUGAGGGGCCUCCCCGGGCCCGCCGUCGCCGCCGCGGCGACACCAGGCUUGAACUGCUCCGGCCGGCCCUGGUGCUGCCCCAGCCGCCUUCCUCCGCUGCCGUUGGGCUCCCAAAGAUAGCUUCCUGGCUCGAGCGCCUCGUGAAGGCCGUAAUCCCCACACAGCAGCUGCUCUGCAUCCGGCAGUCCUGCUUUUGCUCCGCCCGUCAACCCAGACUUUGUUUCUGCCUUCUGCCUGCCCUCCUUCCCUAGCACCCCCCCCCCCAAAGGCUGCAGUCCAGCUCCAGAGGCCGCAGCUCCUCUCCUCACGUAGUCCUCGCUCCCUUAGGCCUGGAUUAAACUGCUCCAGUUGGUCUCACAGUUCGGCCCCGCACCUCCCUUUUCUGUACUUGUGCCAACGAUCCAGCUGCCCUGGACUUCCCUCAGAGGACUCUUCCCCUCAGAAUCAGGCUCACGGAGCGCCAAGUGGCCACCCUUUGUUAGUUCCAUCACGCCUGAGCUACUAGAGGUGGAGAGCGCUUCCUCGGGCUUGCACUGCUCCCGCAGGCCUCACUGUGUCCCCGCAGACCAAGAGAAGGCCAGUCCCUGUGACCCUGCUCAGCAGGCCUCAGCCCUGCCAGCAGUUCAGCCUCCAGGCGGCCCCAGCCCAUCUUGUUCUUCUUCUCCCUGCUGACAUCCCUGGAAAACAGCAGGCCUCCUCUCUCUCUGGGUGGGUGUCCCACGGAUGCGCAAGACAUUCUGCGACCCAUGGACAAUGGUGGCCGGCGGCUUCUCUGGCAUCCCUGGCCCUUGUCGGACCCCUUCCAUCAAACCGAGGGGGAGACAAGUCGAAGCAGGAGUGGAAGAAGGUGAGGAGAAGCUCGGCGCACGAGAACGCCUCGUCCGGAAGCUUGCAGAAGGGCUCCGGAGGAGGGCCCCUCUCCCCAUCCUGCCUGGACCCCUUUGGUGGGUGGCUGGGCAGCCUGCCCUCCCUGGUGCUAGAGGCUCCUAUUUGGUGUCGAGGGUCCCUCCAGCUGCUGCCCCGCCCUCAGCCUCACCUGGCCCCUCGCUCGGCACCUCCUCGCUCACUGACCAAGCCGAGGGGUGCUUCCAGGGUGCAACUCAGGGACUGGGAGGUGGGUGGAGAACGGGCCGCGUCCAGGCAAUCCUGCUUGGAUAUCUGGGUAGCCGUGAAGGCUUCAGUUGCUGCCGCCCCGCCCCCUUCUUUCUGAAGAGAUUCCUAGUUCCCGUCCUAGAGCCGAAGCUCCUUGGAAGGGGAAGUCUGUGGCAUUCCGUAAUAGGCCUUCCUUGCUCCCUAGCAGAAAAACUGGACACCUGACCAAGGAGAUGAGCAGGGCUGUGGUGCUCCCCACCUCUUUUCUCAGGGCUGGCAACUAUGUCUCUGUGACUCUGGAAGAUGGAGAAACAACCGCUGGGUAUCUUCCAUGCCACCAGGAAAAACAGGAAGGAAACCCACAUUCUGCCAUUGGAAGAUAUCACGCAAUGCGUAGAAUAGCCUCACCCAGGGUGAUCAACUUUCAACAUUGAGGGUGCCUCUACUUUUAAAAAGUGCACAAAUUUUGGUAGCUGCAGUUUUAUACAGCCCCUGGACCUUCAAGCCAGACUUGCUGAAAUGUGCCACAUUUAAAAGCUCAGGGAUCCCAGUAUUGAAAGCUUGGUGACCCCUGACUUUAGCAAUACCUGUUAGCUGUCAGUGGGCCCCUUUGUGUGACUGGCUGAGCUGCUGUGAUGUCACCGAACGUACAUGGGUGGCUGAAGUUGGAAGAUCAUAGCUGGGAGUGUUGAUAAUCCCCGUGGUUGCUGGGCGAGGGAAGAACCUCAAGGAUGUGGGGCAAGAUUCAGAGAUCUGGAUUGCACAUGUUGGUUCCAACUAUGUCCAGUCUUUGGCUGUAAGCCUCAAGCUGUGUGUGUUUGCGUAUGGUUGCUUCGUCUUGUAGACUUGUACUGCUUCUGAUUCUGGUUUAUUCAGCUAUUCUUUUAAAGGAAAUGAUACAUUGGAAAUGAAAGGACAUAAAGAAGCUUCCAAUCACCUUUCCAAAAUCAUGAGGUCUAGCCACUUACUUAAACACAAAGAGGAGAUUCUCAGGAUGUUGCUAGUUCAGGAGUAGGCAACCUUUUGGGGCUGGGGGGAAUGUCUGGCAAUUUGAGAAACUCCUGGGCACAACCACAAAGUCACUGCCACGCAAGACAAGGCAAGGGAAACAUCGCUUGCCCAGAUGAAUACAAGGCAGGCGUGUGGUCUCUGCCCCAACACAUUAAAGAGCUUGGGACCCCCGUGUUCAGCUCCAACAGAAACUUAUUUCACAGUAAUCUCAGCUGCCAGUUCAUUAAAAAAAUUAACACAAAGGAAGGGGAGGUCACUUGACCUUGGAGGGCAUCACAAGAGGGGUCUGGCUGUAUAUUGGUGCUGGCUACCCCUGCUGGAGUUUUCUCCUCGGAGCCCGGAUCCUGCAGCGGCAUGGCAAACUGAGGGCUGUGCAGAAAACCCACGGCACUGCAUCCUCUCCUGACGCGGCCUGGAGAGCACACAGCCACUCCUACUAAGAGAACUUCCUGGUCUGCCCCUCGGCCUUUCCUGCUCUGCCCACCCAGACCUGCCAGCAGGGAAACCGUCUGGGGGCAAAUUCAUCCUCACGAGAGUGCUCUGCAUGGAUUACCCCCAGAAGAACUAUGACUGUACUCCACCCGUGCUGCAUCAUGCAUACAUUUGUAUAGAUUAACUCCUUUUAUCUUGGUCAAGUCUCACAUUUGAACCGCUCACCAACAGCUUGUGCUUCUCACUAUUGUUAAAAAAAAAAGGCACAAACUUAUUCCGUGUGUCAUGGCUGCUUUCCUCUCUCUCUCUCUCUCUCUCUCGGAGUUUGCCUUGGUGGGUGACAUGAAGCUGCACAUGAGGAGGUUUUGGGGAGACUUCUGAACUUGGGGUGAUGAGGAGAAGGAACAAGGCAUUAAACUGCACCGUCGAGAGACCUGGGGGAAACGGACAUGGCUGGCCCAGCCACAGAGAGUGCUAAGCUUCGAAGCAUAGGCCAGCCUUGCAACUCCAAAUGCAUUGGCUACAACUCCCAUCAUCCUCCAGACUGGAGGAGGAGAACAGCUGCAGUUCAGCCCAUCCAGAGGGUGCCAAGGGUGGCUUAGGAUGGGCCAUGAAUCCUUUUAGCCCGUUGUGCAAGUUUGGGUCCUAUCCUGUAGUCAGCUGGGGCACGAGCCCAUCCUCAGCACGGUCAAUCACAAUCCUCGCUGCUCCACCCAAGAACCUGAAAACCAACGAUCGGGGUUGCCGAUCGCCUGGAAAAUAAGAAUAACCUAAUUUUGUUGACUAAGUUUUGCCUGGCUUGCUUUGCUUCCAAGGGGUGGCCUCAGGUCUGUCCUUGGUCCACCCUUGGCCACUUCACUAUGGGGUGGGGGUGGGGGCCCUUGAGGUCUGGAUUCCCACCCUUCUUCACCAACAGCUGCCCCAGCCACGGGGAUUUCAGGAGAGGACGGCACAUGUGGGCCCCCUCCAUCACACGACAGCAUCAAGGCAGCAUGCUGGCAUUCGCCGCAUGGGCCUGGAAUGUGCUGGCCAUCUUUUGCCAAGACCAAGGGGCUGCUCCUCACGGUCUCCCUGGGGCCCAGGGGCACAGCCUUCCUUGCCGAUCCCACAGCGUGCCUCCGUGGCUCUAACGGCAUUUCAACCAGAAUAAAACACGCUGUAUGUACACCUCUGAA